GUCUGAGCAGUCGCACUAGACGCAUCAACCGAACUUCUAGCAAUGGCUCGCACUAAGCAGACUGCUCGCAAGUCUACAGGAGGCAAGGCUCCUCGCAAACAACUGGCAACCAAAGCCGCUCGUAAAAGUGCCCCGGCUACCGGAGGAGUUAAGAAGCCCCAUCGUUACAGGCCUGGAACUGUCGCUCUCCGAGAGAUUCGUCGCUACCAGAAGAGUACGGAACUCCUGAUCCGCAAGCUGCCUUUCCAACGCUUGGUGCGUGAGAUCGCUCAAGAUUUCAAGACGGACCUUCGUUUCCAAAGCUCUGCUGUGAUGGCUCUUCAAGAAGCCAGCGAGGCUUACCUCGUCGGUCUCUUUGAGGAUACUAACCUAUGCGCUAUCCAUGCUAAGCGCGUGACUAUCAUGCCCAAGGACAUCCAGCUGGCUAGACGCAUUCGUGGAGAACGUGCUUAAAUUUUGAACACCGUUCUUGCCCAUAAACAAUCGGCCCUUUUCAGGGCCACCAAAUAUUCAAACGUAUAAAACAUCUAUUAUGAUUUUCAAAUACUAUCGCUUCCUAUGAAUAGCCUCAACCGUCCUCGUUUUCCUUACUAAAAGCAAAAUGCUUUUUAUCUACCGCCAGGGUCCGGACUAAAAGCAUGCUCUUUAAUUCAAUUCCGUUGCAUGCUGCUAAUAUUUCA